AUGGAGGUUCUGUUUAGACUUCUAGCAACCUAUAGAGAGUUAAGGUCGUUCAAAGAUCUCUUUGUUUCCUCUCGUUUCGCCGCCGGAACUUCGUCGGAGACCAGUCGAAGAAUCGGUAAAUCGGUGGCGGCACUACAGAAGACAGCGAAACCAUUGGGCGUGGCCAAACCGAAGAAACAGAACGAAACGUUCGACGCUACAUGGAAGAUGAUCACCGAUGGGAGAGGAAAGCCAUUGCCACGGCACCUGAAGAAGAGCGAGACAUGGGACGUUCCAUCUCAUGUGAUUGUUCCUGACUCGAAUCUGGAAUCGGCACCAGCGGUGGCCAAUCGAAAGGAGCUGAGAAAGUCAGAGACCUUCAAUGAUGCUUCGUCUUCAGCUUUGUCUGCGUCAUCGGCAUCAUCGAGAGGUAGUGAUGGUGGACUGAAGAGGGAGAAAUCGCUUAGCCAUGAUGAGUUGAAUCGGCGAGUUGAAACCUUCAUUAAGAAAUUCAACGAUGAUAUCAGGUUGCAGAGGCAAGAUUCGUAUAAGCGUUAG